GCAUCACUCAUUUUUUUCUAAACUGACCAUACUGAGGUUCCUUGGGCAUCUGUCUUGUCAGGUUGUACUUAUUUGGGAUUCUUCUGGAUGGACUCCCUGAAGCUGUGCGUCCAUCUAGCAAAGCUGGUCUUGGUCAUAGUGCAGCGAAGCUCUUUAUAUUGUGAAUAUUGAAGAUUCUCUGUGAGCAGCUCAAAAGGAAGAAUAAAGAUGCAGAGGAUCAUCUAGAAUUGUGCCCCCAUCAGUGUAUUGAGAUGGAAAGGUGUGAAAGCCAAGAGCUUGAUGUUGAAAUAAGGAAUCUGAUAGAGAAGAGUAACACUUGCCAGUCCUGCGAGGACCCCAACCCUGUUGCCCAAGAGAGUGUGAACCCUCAGAGAACUUCGUGUUCCCUUAAGAUCCAUAGUGAAGCAAAUGCUCAAGGCCAUCUUGGAUGUGCACGGACAGGUGUGAGUGACAUGGAAGCCCCAGCAGACCCACUAGAAUCAAGGCACGUAUUACUGACCAAAAAGAAGACUGUAUCAGCCAGUUCUCUGGAAAAACAGAUCCUCUCACUAGAAGGACAGAGGCGAGAGCUUCUGGAGGUGAACAAGCAAUGGGAUCAUCAGUUUAGAAGUAUGAAACAGCUUUAUGAAAAACAGCUGGCAGAAAUGAAAGCAAGACUGGAUGUGUCAGAGAGGAGAGUCAGUGAACUGGAGGAAAAGAGGCACCGACAGCAUCCAGAAGCUGAGAGGUUGCGAGCCCCAGGCAGAGAGCAGCCGCUGCAGGAAAUGAAGGAAACAAAGGUCCUUAGUGAAGCUCUCCAUGAAAUGAAGGAAGAGAACAGGCUCCUGAAGCAGAAGAAUGCCUCGAUGAUGAGAAAGAAAGAACAUUAUGAGUGUGAAAUAAGUCGUCUCAAUAAGGCCCUUCUGGAUGUGUUGAAAAAGCAGCACUCGCCUGUACUUGGUGGCAGAAACAGCCUUGAGGACAUGAGAACCCAACUUGAAGUUCUCAGACAGCAGGUACAAAUAUAUGAAGAAGACUUCAGAAAGGAGAGAUCUGACAGAGAAAGACUUAACGAGGAGAAAGAAGCAUUGCAGAAAAUUAAUGAGAGAUUACAGUCUCAACUGAACAAACUAAACUCUCAGACAAAAGACCUCCCAGUACAGUCCGAGAGGCCCAGCUACCCACCUCCACUCUUCCUCUCGCCAUGUGUUAAUUACGGAAGUUGUGGGCUGGUUCUUCACUAUCAAGACCCUCGCGUCCAUCCAGCAUCUCGCAGGGCACAUAAGCAGCAACAGCAUUCACCAGACUAUCAGUGGUAUGUUCCUGACCAGUUUCCGCCAGAUGUGCAGCACAAGGCAAAUGAUUCAUCCUUGGAGAAGGGAGGCCAUCACUGACAGCCUAUGACCUGGAGAAGUGCAGACCGAAGGCUGUGAGCUAGUCUUGCAACUUAAUUAUUCUGUUUCGUUCUGGGGUUUUUUGCCCGUAGCUCCUUAUCUCUUCAGUGCAUGUUAUUUAUGCCUGGCGAAAUCUCUGCAAGGGCAAUAGAAAAGCAGAUCAUAAAGGCUAGUGAUCCUCAGGAUCCAGUUAAAGUCUGCUGGGAAGCGUUAUUGCCCUUUGUUCUGAAGAUGCUGUUUGUGCUCUCUAUGAGAAUCUGUUAAAAACCCUUAUGAGAAAAGAUGCGGCUGUUGCUGGGGAUUCAGAGACUGUCACAUCUGGUUUGAAUUCCAGAGCUUAUAAGUCAAAUAGUGUUGUGAUACUUUUUUGUUUGUGAAUUAGUCUUUUUUUAUUUGAUUCCAGGGAAUGAUUUGUUGAUACACCAUCUUGAAUUCUGUGCUCUUUUUCUUAGUUCUUUGGUAAAAAGGAAAUCUACUUCACUGUUUUAACACGUUUGUGUGAUUGUCAGGAGGGUAGCACUGAUGGCAGGCCAGGUGGAAGGUGCCUUCUCCCCUUUUUGAGUCAAGGCCAGCUCCCCCUUUGUUUUGGCUCCACAAUGGCAUGAAAAAUAUGAUCAGGGUUUUUUUUUGUGUGUACUUAUUUGUAUCAGAAGAAUUUUAGUAGAAAUAUUUAAUGGGUUUAACUUCAGUGAAAAUGGCUUUAUAUUUCUAAAUGAUUCUUGUAAUGAAUCUGAACAUUGCUGUGUAACCUCUAACCUGAGAAUAAAACCUGGCUUUUUAAAAUUAAA